UUGAACGGGAUGUGAGUAAUUUCGCAAAGCAGGGUUCAUUAAAAACGCACUUUGUCCAAACUUUUUUGUCAAUUUUUUCAAUUUUCUUUAGUUUUUGAGCCAAAAAAUUAUAAAAAAUACAAAAUUUCGAGCCAAAAAACUAAAAAACUUAAGAUUUUCAUUCAAAAUAUGUUCGAAACGUUCUUUUAAUCAAAAACUUUGACAUUCCUAUGACAAACAUUUGUUUACUUAGCAAACACAAUGAACACAAAUUCAUCACAAAACUUUGGAUCUCGCAAAUACAACAGAAAAAGACCUCGUUCAGGACUCAAUUUAUCAUUUCAUCCCGGUGAAGUACAUCGUCUCAUUGCCUUCGUCAAGAGCAAUCCCUGUCUUUGGGACGCCGCACACUCAAAACACAACAUCCGAAAUAUUCGUCGUGACAAAUGGUUCGAAAUCGCAACGAAAUUCCGGGGAAAAUUUAGUCCGGAGGAGCUACAAACGAAAUGGGACAACCUCCGGAUACAAUUCCGCCAAAAUCAUUUGCGAUCGUUGAAGAAAACGAACAAUGAAAAAAGUGUUUCGUGGAAAUUUUACGACAAAAUGCUGUUUCUCGUGCAAAAAGAAGGGAAUUCUACAUCGGAAAUGAAUUUUUUGCAGGAAAACUCGAACGGCGACAACGAAGGAGACGAGACUGAACAAGAAAUCAAGGAAGAAAUGGAAAUAUUUGACGAUGAACCCAUUUCUGAGCAAGAAAGAUCUCUCGCCGAAGAAGAUUACGAUCCAGAAUCAACUUCAAACUUGGAUUUUCUGCCUGCCCGAGAGAAUUUCCAUAUUCGCAAUGUCGAAGACAGCUUCCAAACCUUUGGGAAUUAUAUCGCUUCUGAAUUACGAACCAUCGAAAAUGUCCAAGAGGCGAAUCGGAUCAAGCGCAAGCUCAAUUAUCUCCUGUUGGAAUGUCUCGACAAAAUGGACAACGCAAAAGAAUAAAUUUCUGUAACUUUAUUUUUCUUCCGUUCCU